AUGUCCAACAAAAAUCAUUUACCACAUUUUUUGAAAUCUGCGUGGAUAACCGGAAAUUUUAAAUAUUUGGGCGAUACCGAAAAUCUGAGCAACGUUACCGGAAAUUUCGAGAAAACAAUGAGGACUAGAGGCAGGGAUGAUACUGUUGCGGGACGGGCCAUCGAUAGAGUCGAUGCUCGUGCUCGAGCUGAUGCUGAUGAGGCUGAUACGUCAGUCUUACGUGCUGGACGCGUUCCUCCGACCGGAGUCUGUGACUGUUGCAAGCAGCCGGUGGCCACUGCUGAGGAGCAGGUACCUGUUACUGAUGAGGAGGUGCCUAGGGUUGAGGAGCGAGUGACUGUGGUUGAGGAGGGGGUUGCGGAGGAGCGGGUGAUGCAUGAUACAGACACUACUACAGCUGCAUCUACUGAGCUAUCAGUAUACACUGAUGGAGUUUUUCCAGGAGGACCUUCUGACAUGUCCAUUUUGACAGGAUAUGCUGACCAUGAGCGUCCAGUGCUGAAGGUCACUUCUCACAGGUCGAAGUUGAAGAACUUCCUUAAGAGACCGAUGCUUGAGCACGUGGCGAGGAUAGUUUGGGACUUCUAUUUGCUGGAAUUUGCUAGAUGCUCCCUGACGAUGCUGGACGCCCCUCUAUUAUUAGCUUUUGUAGAGAUAUGGCACCCAGAGACCUCAUCCUUCCAUCUUCCAUUCGGUGAGAUGGCAGUGACUCUGGAUGAUGUGCAUUCCCUAUUUCACCUUCCUAUUGCUGGUACGUUUUUUACACCAUUUCAUAGGGACCAGGCGACGACGGUGCACAUGGUGAUAGAUGCAUUAGAUGUUAAUGAGCUGGUUGUGCUCAAGGAGUUUGGUGACACUCGAGGCUUUCACCUAAGGAUGUUUUGGUUGAGGAAGGUUUAUCAGCCGCUUGUCGAUGCAGGGAGUUAUCAGGUUGCCGCUAAGGCGUACAUGCUACAUCUAGUAGCAUGUACUUUCUUUGCGCACAAAUUUGGAGUUUAUAUAUAUGUCCACUAUCUUACUCUCUUCAGCGACCUUAAGACCCCGUAUUGA